GUUUGCCUCAUUUUCUAUGGGUUCCGUGCCACACCUGGGUUUGUGCACGAACAAGCAAAAGUGUAAUCAGAGUAGGCGUGACUUCAGCCAAUUCCUCCUCUCCUCCACGAGUCUGUGGAAACAGGAAUCUACUCUACUCUGCCUGACACAGCUGAAGUUUUCUGAACAUAGAAGGUGAAUAUCUUUACAUUGUCUUCAUCAUAAUUAACAUCUUCUGCCUGCUAGAAUAUUUAGCGUGUGAUGCAUUGGGAUCAGGACUGUUUGUUUGCUACCUUGCCUAGACUUUUAGAAACGUGCAUCUGCCUGCAAACUCUCGAGGUUCGAGGUUGAAGGGAAGAUUAAAGAGAUUUUAAAUGAAUGUUAUUUUGUUUCUGUUGGCAAAGCUACUCUCAAAGCUACUCUCAAAGCUACUCUUCAGCUGUCAUUAUCUUUACACUCCAGACUUACUCUGUUUCCACUCAUCUAAAUGCCACUAUACAGGUUUUUUCCCUGUAACUCCCUCAGACCAGCCAAGAUGCCAGAGAACGCAGAGGCCGUUUCAGCCACUCUAACCACCAACAGGAACUGUACUAUAGAGAUCACCAAUGUCACCACCGGGUACUGUCUCAUCAACCCCAAGUAUGUUGGCAUUCAAUACUCUAAUCUCCUUACAUUACAUACAGUAUACCACUAUGGAAAUUAAAUUACAUAACUAAAUAGCAAACCAGCUGACCAUCCCCAGAUUGUUAUUUGUCUGUUACUUUUCGGUGGAAUUUCUCAGAGUAAAUAUAUUUUAUGGCAGGCAUCUCUUGGAUGGGUGGUUUUCAUGUGUAAGGUGGCUUUGAACACAUCCACCUAUCCAUCAUGAAGUGACACAAUGUGGCUCAUUGCACAUUGCAUGCUGGUUCACUCUGUGUUGCUUACGAAUCCAUAGCAGCACUCACACUCCAUCCAUCAGCACAGAGUGGCUGGACAGAAAGAAAGGAAGAAUGAAAUGACUAAAAGUAGAGGGACAGUGAUCGUAAAAGUACAAGUUUAAAAGUGUAUUUUCACAUGACUUUAAGUCCAUUUGAAAGGUUUUGCAUUUUGAAUAAAUGACCAUCUUCAGCAACAUGAAUGUUCAGAUAAUUAAUUAGAACCUUAAUGACACCCCUUCCCCAUUACUACCCCCCAGGGUGUAUAUGUCCAGUGGCUACUGCUACCAUCCACCCCAGCCCACAGUCCGCACCACCAAGACAGAGGUGUGCUCCUUCACCAAGGAUGACGACACAGCCACAGGCGCAGUGGGGGUCCUGACCUACGACCUUUUCCACAUGCAGAGCCGUGUGUGCUCAGAACGCAUGGCCAUCAUGUUCUCCGUGCCCUAUGACUACAACUUCUACAAGAACUGGCUGGGGGUGGGCGUCUUCGAGGUGGCACGCGCCUGCGACAAGCAACUGUACAACCACAUGUACAAUGAGAAGGACUUCAGCAAGUUUGCCCGAUCAGAGGCCCGUGGGUCAGGGGUGGAGUACAAGGCCCAACACGUAGACCUGAGGGCCACCAUGUCCAAUGUUGGGAAGUCCAUCAUUAAGGUGGAGCUCUAUGAUAAAAUGGGGCACUAAUAAGGGAAAACAAGCCAUUUUACCAACUCACAGCAGGGAAAGAGUUUAUAUUGAUACAUAACCAUGUACUAAAUAUAAUAAUGAAUGAAUCAACCAACUGAGGUGGUUUAUGUUAUCCAAUUAAUGAACUUUAUCAACUGGAAGAUAUUGCUGUCUAAUUGUUCACAACACUCGAUUCAGUGUAUUUUUCUGCACCUGUACAUGUUUGUUUUAUUAAAACAUUUAACAAUGAAUUGGUGUAAGAUGUUUUGGUGAUAACCUUUAACAUGUACUUACACACUAUAACAGUUUCAUGUAUCAUUAAUAAUUACCAUUAAGAAUAAAUGGUUAUAC